CAAAAGUAAUAUUUAAAUGAAAGCUAUAAAGUGAUCAAAACAAAAAUUAAUAAAAAAAUACUUUAAAUUUUUUAUAAUUUUGCAAACUUUCUAAAAAUCAAAAAUUUGCACACUCUACAUAUAUACAAACAUAAUUAUAAAUAAAUCAAUAAAAAUCUAAGAAAAUUAGAGAAAAUGGGAUUCAAAUUUAAUUAGACUAAAAGAUCUGAUAGCUCUUAAAAGAAGAAAAAUAUUAGGCCAACUAACAGAAGAUGUGCUUCAACCAUUAUGGAGUAGUACAGCGAAAGAAUAGAUUUAGAGAAUUGUAGAAGAGAUCUGAAAGCCUUACUUAAAAAAUGUAUAUUUAAAAUUGUUGCUGCAGAGAGUGUGGAUCAAGAAAUAAGCUUUUUGAAUGAAGUAAAGCGCCUACUAAAUAAAGCCUGCCAAGGAAAUCCAAAUGCUAGUUAAUAUGAUAGUUUGAAAUAAAUAGUUAAAGAAAUGUAUUAGAUUGCAGCUGAUAAAUAAAUUGAUUAAUACUACCAUUAAAGUUCUAAGUAUAUUGAUCAUUUAAAUGUACAUGAUGAAUCUUUUAGAAUUUAUGCUCUUCGUAAUUUCUAGACCCUAACAUCAAACACAAAUGGGGAUCAGCAACUUACUUUUGCAAAUUUGAUUUAAUAUAAUUAGCAAAGUUUUGGAUUAGAUAUUAAUUCUGAUGAUGCUUAAGAAGACGUAGAAGAUGAUGAAGGAGAAGAGCAAUUUUAUGAAUAGCUUUAAAUACAAAGCGACUAAACAGAUUUUUAAACAUAAAAUGAAUAAACUCAAUAAUCAAUAGCAGAGCAAAUUAUUAGUUCUCCUCAUUCAAAUAUUUCAAUUCAUUAAUAAGCUAGUAAUAGUAAUAUCACUCCUUCGUAAUAAGAAACUUCAAACAACAGACAAUUAAUGAGAAGUUCAAACCGCACAAACUUUAACUUCUUUUCAGAUCAUUCCCAUUCCACUUCUUCGAAUCAUUCAAACCAAAACGUGAGAUAAAACCACUAAGUAAUAUCUUACAGUAACGAACCAGUGCAAAUAAGGUACUAGACAAAUAAUUAAAAUUAAAACUAAACAUCAAUCGUCAGAGUGAAUUUCAUAGAUUAGCACAUUAUGUCUGGUGAUAACGACUAUAGAAUAAGCUAUCCAAGAAAUAGAAUCGCAAGCACAAACUAAAACACAUAAAUAAGAGUAGAAGAUCACAAAGACUAGCAAUAAAUAAAUGAAAUAUCACAAUAAAAUAUUAUCUCAAGAAGAGUUAUUCAGUAAAAUCAAAUAUGA